AUGCACUACAUGUACUACAUGCACUACAUGCACUACAUGCACUACAUGCACUACAUGCACUACAUGCACUACAUGCACUACAUGCACUACAUCAACUACAUGAUCUACAUGAACGACUCGCUGACCGCCAGGUGCUUCCUCUAUCUCGUCAACUACGCCCGCAUCAAACCAGACAUCGCCCUCAAGGCCCUGCCCAUCAUCCAGGAGGACAUGCACGACAACAACCCCCUCGUCCGCGCCCUCGCCCUGCGCACAAUGUCCUACAUCCACGUCCGCGAGUAUGUCGAGGCCACCGUCCCCCACCUCAAGACCCUCCUGCGCGACGCCGACCCCUACGUCCGCAAGACAGCCGCCUUCUGUGUCGCCAAGCUCUACGACCACGACCGCCACCUCGUCGAGUCCUCGGACCUCAUCGACAAGCUGAACGGCAUGCUCCGCGAUGAGAACCCCACCGUCGUCUCCAGCGCCCUGGCCGGCCUCAUGGACAUCUGGGAGCGCAGCGAGAACAUCAAACUCACCAUCGACUACGCCAGCGCCUCCAAGAUCGUCUCCAUCCUCGCAGACUGCUCAGAGUGGGGGCAGACGUAUAUCCUCGAGGCCAUGAUGAACUACGUGCCCCAGGACACCUCCGAGGCCGCCCUGCUCGCCGAGCGCAUCUCCCCGCGCCUGUCCCACUCCAACUCGGCCGUCGUCCUGACCUGCAUCCGCGUCAUCCUCUACCUGAUGAACUACAUCGCCGACCAAAAGGUCAUCACAUCGCUGUGCAACAAGCUCUCGCCGCCGCUCGUCACACUCCUAUCAAAGGGCCCGGAAAUCCAGUACCUCGCCCUCCGCAACGCCCUCCUGAUCCUUCAGCGCCGGCCAGAAGUCCUGCGCAACGACAUCCGCGUCUUCUUCUGCAAAUACAACGACCCCAUCUACGUAAAGGUCACCAAGCUCGAGCUCAUCUUCAUGUUGGCCACGGAGAGGAACAUCAAAGAGGUGCUGACCGAGCUGGCCGAAUACGCCACCGAAAUUGAUGUCGACUUUGUGCGCAAGUCGGUCCGCGCCAUCGGCAAGCUGGCCAUCAAGAUCGCACCCGCCGCACAGCUGUGCAUCAGCACCCUCCUCUCCCUCGUCAGCACAAAGGUCUCGUACAUUGUGCAAGAAGCAACCGUCGUGAUCCGCAACAUCUUCCGCAAAUACCCCAACCAGUACGAGUCCAUCAUUUCGACACUAUGCGAGAAUCUCGACUCCCUCGACGAACCGGAGGCGAAAGCGGCCAUGAUCUGGGUCAUUGGGCAGUACGCCGACCGGAUAGAGGACUCGGACGUCCUGCUCGAAGACUUCCUCGAUUCCUUCCAAGAGGAGACCCACGAAGUGCAGCUGGCACUACUCACCGCCACAGUCAAGCUCUUCAUCCAGCGCCCGACAAGAGGGUCCGCAUUGGUGCCCAAGGUGCUGAAGUGGGCGACGGAAGAGACAGACAACCCAGAUCUGCGAGAUCGAGGGUAUAUGUACUGGCGCCUGCUGUCGUCAGCGCCCGAGGAAGCAAAGAAAGUCGUCAUGGGCGAGAAGCCAGCCAUCACCGCCGAGGAGUCAGAAAAGCUCGACCCAGGCACGCUGGAGGAGAUGUGCUUGAACGUGGGCACCCUGGCAACCGUUUACCUCAAGCCCGUCCACCAGGUAUUCCGCGCCGCCCGCCCACGGCGAGUCGUCGACUCGCCCGCGCUGCAACGGCACGAACUGCCCACCGUCAAGGCCGCGCAACUAGCCCGUGAGCGCGCCGCCGCCGACCGCUCACACCUCGACCCCGACCCUAACGGCACCGGCUCUCUCUCUCCUACAAAUGGCAACAUGUCAGCAGCCGUCAGCGACGCCGAUAUGUACUUUGCCAGCGUCGGCCGCCAGAGCACCUUUGGCGGCUCACCCAUCGCCGAGGACCACGCUACGAUGGGCGGCGGCUGGGUCGUGAACCAGAACGCGCCGCAGUCGCUCGUCAUGAGCCAUGGGGGUGCAGACGGGAAUCAGGAUCUCCUGCUAUAA